CAUUGUUUUCAAUUGGGUUAUUGUUCUCAAAGAUUUGAUUUUUGCUUUUUCUCGUAGAAAUAUUCGUAUUCCUGCUUUCGUUUCCAAAUUUGGAUUUUGCAACAAAGCUGCAAUUUUUUUUGUUUUUAUUUACUUGGGUAGUGUUAUUUAUCUGUGGAAAUAGUGCAAGUGCAAACGUUCUGGUUUAUGUGUCAGAGAGAAUCUUAAAGAAAAGAUUUUUACCAGAAAGAGAACGACUCAAAACCAUUCAAAUGUCAGAUGGGUUGGCUAGGUUUUGGGGAAAUAGGGUGACUUUUGGGGUGGUUGGUUGGUAUUCUUUUGAAAGUCCAGAGUUUGAGGCAUUUCGUUGUUUUUAAUUGGCUGGGAUUGAGUUUUACCAUUUUAUCAAGUUUCAAUAUAAAACAUUUUCAAUUUUCGAAGGAAGGAGAUGGUAGAGUUCAACCAUUCAAUGCUUUUCUACGCGUGCAUUGGCACUAAUAUGUUGGUUUACAGGGAGUUAGUCAUAUGUCAGCCUCUUAGGAUUCGAAGAUUGCCUGAAAAGAUUAAUAAGUUAGGAUACCAUGAAUUUACUGCUUCAUAUGUGAUGUAUAAUAUGUUAUCGUUUCUAUGAUUUCAAAUAUAUGUUGUUUGAUUUCUUAUUCAUGUUUUUUUUCCUUUUCUUUUCCUCCUCUUUGUGCAUGAAACUCUCCAGAUAGGUAGUUAAACAAUUACACUAUCCAUUUACUGUCGAAUGUCGAUAUCUAGAUAUUCGAGAAAUUCACUGCUUCAUUGUUUAUUUCGCCUGCUGAGCAUCAUCACCCUCUUGAUAAUCAUGCAGAAUUCUUCUGUUGCCUGUCUCUGUUACUAUUUUUACAAUAAAAUGACCCCUUAAUUGAAAAUCAUUGACUUUGCAAGUCCUUGAAUCCAUACCUCAUGGCACAGAUUCAUUCGAAAUUCUUAAUCUGCAACUUCGUUUGGCCUCUCAUGUUGUUUCCACCUUUCCGUAUCUGUAUUCUUUCUUCUAUGAAUGCUUCUGGCUACUGUGCUUUCUUCACAGUUGCCUUGCAAGCUUGUUUUUCUAGAUAUAUAAGAUGCCGAAAACAAGGGCGAAUGCUUCUGGAGAUGCAUCUGAAAGACCUAUAGAAUCUGAAGAGCGGGUGGACCUUGAUGGAGACAAUGAUCCUGAGGAAACAAUAGAAGAAGAGGUUGAGUAUGAAGAAGUAGAGGAAGAGGAGGAAGUGGAAGAGGUGGAAGAGGAAGAGGAAGAAGAGGAAGAAGAAGAUCCAGAAGAGGGUGAGGAAGAGGGAGAAAACAAGGGAGCUGCUACAAAAUCUGAUGGACAGAAAAGCUCAGAUGGUGAUGAAGUGAUGACAGUUGUUGACGGAGAGGAGGAAGAAGAAAAAAAGAAGCAUGCGGAGCUUCUUGCACGCCCUCCGCAUGGAUCAGAGGUGUAUCUUGGUGGCAUUCCUCAUGAUGCAUCUGAAGAGGAUUUGAGGGGAUUUUGUGAAUCUAUUGGGGAAGUUACUGAGGUUAGAAUAAUGAAGGGAAAAGAUUCAGGUGAGGCCAAAGGUUAUGCUUUUGUCACCUUCAGAAACAAGGAGUUGGCUUCUAAGGCCAUCGAGGAACUGAAUAAUUCUGAGUUAAAGGGAAAAAGGAUUAAAUGUUCUACAUCUCAAGCAAAGCAUCGGUUGUUUAUUGGAAAUGUUCCCAGAAAUUGGGGAGAGGAGGAUAUGAAGAGGGCUGUAACAGACAUUGGACCAGGAGUCAUUUCUGUGGAACUGCUGAAGGACCCACAGAACUCCAGCCGGAAUCGUGGAUUUGCUUUCAUUGAGUAUUAUAAUCAUGCAUGUGCAGAAUAUUCAAGACAAAAGAUGUCAAGCCCAAAAUUUAAGCUCGACACCAAUGCUCCUACUGUGAGCUGGGCUGAUCCUAAAAAUACAGAAUCCUCUGCUGCUUCUCAGGUGAAGGCUGUGUAUGUCAAGAAUUUACCAAAAGACAUUACUCAGGAGAGUCUAAAGGAGCUGUUUGAACGUCAUGGAAAGAUCACAAAGGUGGUUCUCCCACCUGCAAAAGCCGGACAUGAAAAGAGCAGAUUUGGUUUUGUGCACUUUGCGGAAAGGGCAUGUGCAAUGAAGGCAUUGAAGAACACUGAAAAAUAUGAAAUUGAUGGUCAAGUUUUGGAAUGCUCUCUUGCAAAGCCACAAGCAGAUCAGAAGUCUUCUGGAUCAUCAAAUCAUCAGAAGUCGCCCUUACUUCCAACCUACCCACCACGUCUCAGUUAUGGCAUGGGAGGGAGUAGUCCAUAUGGUGGAUUGAGUGCUGGAUAUGGUGGCGGUUCAGGGUUUGCCCAACCACUGAUCUAUGGUAGGGGACCAACUCCUGCUGGCAUGGCAAUGAUGCCUAUGCUUUUGCCCGAUGGAAGGAUUGGAUAUGUCCUGCAACAACCUGGAAUGCAACCACACACCCCUCCACCGCAGUCUAGAGGUGGAAGAAGUGGGGGUGGCAACUCAAGUGGUGGAAGGCGCAGUGGUGACAACAAUCGUGGCCGUAGUCGCUAUAACCCAUAUUAAUUAGUGAGUUUUGCCUUGCUUGGAAAGGGAAAGGAGAAGACAGUAUUUUGGGUCUGUGAGUAUACAUUUGGAGCUGUGCAGUUCAUUAGAACCAAACAUAUGUAGCUGCUCAUGUCAUAGAAAGAGUUGCUUCAGACCGAUUCACGUGUAGUUUGCAUAAACUAAGUUUAAUUAAAUUAUGAAAUUGAUGCUUUUUAAAUUAUAUUGCGCGUCAA